CUCAUUCUUAUUGCUAAUUUAGAAGCCCUUGCAAGUUAUAAUUUUAUAAUAUUAUAAUUUAUCAUUAAAAAUGCCGCGCAUCUUUGCUAUGGACUGUGAAAUGGUCGUAAGUGGAAACCGGAGCAUCCUUGCCCGUGUGACGAUUGUCGAUGAGACCGGCAGGGUGGUUUUAGACGAGUACGUAAAGCCUACAGCCACGAUCACAGACUUUAGAAGCUGUUAUAGUGGAAUCAAGAAGCACCAUCUAGAGAACGGCAAAGACUUUUCUGUAGUCAGAAACAAAGUGGAGAAUCUUAUAAAUGGAUGUAUUCUGGUGGGCCACUCUCUUCAAUUCGACCUGGAGGCGCUUAACCUCUCUCAUCUGGAGUGUAAAAUCAGAGACCUGGCCAAGUACGAAGCUUUCAACAGGAAUAAUGGCGGGCAACCUGUGGCUCUAAAGACUCUCGCAAAAGAUUAUUUGGGAAGAAUCAUCCAAAAUGGCGAACACGAUUCAUCUGAAGACGCCAAAGCUUGCAUGGACUUGUAUCGUAAAUACCCAAACAAUUGGUAAAAAUAUUUAUAUAUCUAAAAUUUUUUUUUUAUUGUAACUUGUUGAUUGUUUUGUCAUGUAAAAAAUAAAUAAAUAAGUACAUACAAGUAUUUUGUUUAAGGUGGUAUUUCAAAUAUAUAAUUUUCUAUUGUA